AUGCUCCAAAUUUCUCAUGCUUUCUCUAAUCGGGAAUGGAGGAUUAUUUCAGCGAUGAUGAUUACUAUUAUUCCGAUCGGGACUCGCUGGAUGGUCUCGAGAACGAGGACUCUGGUCCACAGUGGGCCUCUAAGGGUCCCACGAGUAAGGUUAUUACAAAAGAAUCUCUUUUGGCUGCACAGAGGGAGGAUUUGCGUAGAGUAAUGGAAUUGCUAUCUAUAAGAGUGCACCAUGCUCGAACAUUACUUAUUCAUUAUCGCUGGGAUGUGGAGAAGUUGUUUGCAGUGUUUGUAGAGAAGGGAAAAGCUUCCCUUUUCGCGGAAGCGGGUGUCUCGAUUGUUGAGCAUCAAGAUCUUGACGUCCGACCACCUCAGACAGUGAUGUGUGAUAUAUGUAUAGAGGAUUUACCUAGUGGUGAGACGACAAAGAUGGACUGCGGUCAUUGUUUUUGCAACAACUGUUGGACUGAGCAUUUUAUUGUUAAGAUAAACGAUGGUCAAAGUAAAAGAAUAAAGUGCAUGGCACACAAAUGCAACGCAAUAUGUGAUGAAUCAGUUGUUAGAAAUCUCGUUAGCAAAACAAAUCCGGAUCUGGCAGAGAAAUUUGAUCGUUUUCUUCUUGAGUCAUAUAUUGAAGAUAAUAAAAGGGUUAAAUGGUGCCCGAGUACUCCUCAUUGUGGAAAUGCAAUACGCGUCGAGGAUGAUCAGUUUUGCGAGGUAGAAUGUUCAUGUGGUGUGCAAUUUUGCUUUGGUUGCUCAUUAGAAGCCCACUCGCCCUGCUCAUGUUUAAUGUGGGAGCUUUGGGUUAAAAAGUGCCGAGAUGAAUCGGAGACUGUUAAUUGGAUCACAGUCCACACAAAGCCUUGUCCCAAGUGUCACAAACCUGUAGAAAAGAAUGGUGGGUGUAACCUUGUUAGCUGUAUCUGUGGGCAAGCAUUUUGUUGGCUGUGCGGUGGAGCCACUGGGCGAGACCAUACUUGGUCAAGUAUUGCGGGGCAUAGCUGUGGUCGCUACAAGGCAGACCAAGAGAAAAAGGCUGAGAGGGCAAAGCGAGAUCUUUAUCGAUAUAUGCACUAUCACAAUCGGUACAAAGCUCAUACAGAUUCCUUUAAACUUGAAAGUAAAUUGAAGGGGACUAUACAGGACAAGGUGUCAGUUUUGGAAGAGAGGGAAUCAAAGCUCAGAGAUUUCAGUUGGGUACACAAUGGACUCAACAGACUUUUUAGAUCGAGGCGGGUUCUUUCAUACUCAUACCCAUUUGCAUUUUAUAUGUUUGGAGAUGAACUUUUUAAGGAUGAAAUGACAAAUGAAGAAAGGGAAAUAAAGCAGAAUUUAUUUGAGGACCAACAACAGCAGCUUGAGGCAAAUGUUGAGAAAUUAUCCAAGUUCUUAGAGGCCCCAUUCGAUGAGUACAGUGAGGAUAAGGUUAUGGAGACAAGGAUGCAAGUGAUUAAUCUGACAGGAAUCACUGAUAACCUCUGUCAGAAGAUGUAUGACUGUAUUGAGAAUGAUUUAUUGGGUCCUUUACAACUAGGUAUCCACAAUAUUGCUCCAUAUAGGUCAAAGGGCAUCGAGAAGGCAUCAGAACUUUCUGCUUGUUGGGGCAAUAAAGUCGAUGGUUCUAAUAAAGCUCUGCCACCACAUUGUGGCUCAAGUGGAGGAACGACGGAAUCUGAUCAACCCUCUGGUUCUGGAAGUUCUGAUGAGAGCACAUUUUCUCCUCGGAAGCGUGCUCGGACAAAGGUUCCUGGGGGUGGCUUUUUUGACUUAAAUUUACCGGCAGCAGACGUUGCUGACAGAACUUAACUCUGAAGAUAGUUGGCUUCAAAUAGACACAGGUGUACAGUCUCUAGUCUAAGACAAUCUCCCUUUUGGUAUGGUGGGUGUCAUCAAUUGUGGAUUAAAAUAACGAGUGCUUCCCCCUCGUAUUUUUCCACCAUCUUUAUCUUGCGUUAAAAUAUUUUAGAAGACAUCUGGGGUUCCUUGUUUCUUGAUCUUUUGUGUUAUCUCAGUUUGUACAUACUACAUAGUCCUUGGUUUGGGCUUUAGAGACAUUAAAUAUGGAAUUUUACAUGAAAUUUAAUUAACCUUUAAAUAAUAUUUUGAGAUA